AUCAAUUUUAUCAUAUUCCAUCUCUGUUCCAUAAUCAAUUUUAAUUACGAUAGCAAUGGCGAGGACAUUAGUAUGUUUGGCUGCCACUGCCAUGCUGGUCCAGUUAGCCAUGGCAGCAAAUUACACAGUUGGAGGUGCUAAUGGAGGCUGGGAUUCAAGCACUGACCUGCAAACUUGGGCUGCAUCACAAAAAUUCGCAGUAGGUGAUAAUCUGAUUUUUCAGUAUACUCCGAACCACGAUUUGGUUGAAGUUACAAAGGCGGACUAUGAUUCGUGCCAGACGAGUAGCCCGAUUCGAACUUAUACGGACGGCAACACAGUUGUACCUCUCACUUCCCCAGGGAAACGGUACUUCAUAUGUGGAACGCUUGGACAUUGUAGCCAAGGGAUGCAAAUUGAGAUAGACACAUUAGCAACCUCUCCUACAUACCAACCCUCGGCCUCUCCAGCUCCGGAAACUUCUCCCUCGCCAGCCGAAACCCCGGAAUUGGCUCUAGAAACUUCGCCUUCUUUCCCACCAUCCGUGUAUCCAGCUCCAGAAACCUUGCCUUCUCUCCCACCAUCCGUGUAUCUGGCCCCCGAAACUUCUCCCUUGCCAACAGAAACCCCGGAAGCAGCUCCUGGCAGUCUAUCUUCUGAUGUCGUUCCUUCAAUCGAAUCGGCUGGAACCUCAUCUUCUCGCAGCGAUCUUUCACAACAACCACUUCCUUCAUCAGCUAACACGAACAGCUUCCGGAUAUGCCUCGGAUUCGGGUUUGGACUUAUGUUAGUGGUGCUUUUGGCACUCUAAGCCUCAGAAGAUUACUUUCUUUGGAAGUAACCUUCAAGUAAUGUCAUGUUUGUGAAUUUCUGUGUAAUGCUCGAGUGUGUGGCUGAUUUCGGAAAUGGAUUCUGAAUAUUUUAUAAAAUGACUGUAUUUUAGAUUUGUAGACAGAAUGUGUAGCGCAUAAACAAUGUGAAGGAAGCAUAAGAAGAAUCAAUUGCAGCAGUUGAAACCAAAAA